GGGCCUGGUUUGCUCACGGGCGCCCCCUGUGGCGGCGGGCCGCGGGCGGCGCGCGCUGCACUCUCUCCUCACGCCGGGACUAGGCUAUCUGAGAGGCGCGCGAUGCUGGCGACGCUGGCGAGGGUCGCGGCUCUGCGGAGAACCCGCCUUCUCUUCGGCCCGGGCCGCGGGAGGGGUUUGUGGACCGGCCGCCCGCAGUCAGAUAGUGACAAUAUGAAGCCCUUGGAGGGUGUGAAAAUUCUGGAUCUAACAAGAGUACUGGCGGGACCUUUUGCUACUAUGAAUUUAGGAGAUCUUGGAGCAGAAGUUAUAAAAGUGGAAAAACCAGGAGCUGGUGAUGACACACGAAUUUGGGGGCCACCUUUUGUGGGGACAGAGAGUACUUAUUUCCUCAGUGUUAAUCGAAAUAAAAAAAGUAUAGCUGUAAAUAUCAAGGAUCCAAAAGGGGUGAAAAUCAUCAAAGAGCUUGCAGCUGUCUGUGAUGUAUUUGUGGAAAACUACAUCCCUGGCAGACUGUCUGCUAUGGGCCUUGGAUAUGAAGAUAUAGACAAGAUUGCCCCUCACAUCAUCUACUGUUCUAUCACAGGGUAUGGCCAGACAGGCCCACUGUCUCAGCGAGCUGGUUAUGAUGCUGUUGCCUCUGCUGUUUCUGGUCUGAUGCAUAUCACAGGGCCUGAGGAUGGAGACCCAGUUCGUCCGGGAGUGGCCAUGACUGAUCUUGCUACUGGCCUGUAUGCAUAUGGAGCCAUUAUGGCUGGAUUGAUACAAAGAUACAAAACAGGGAAAGGACUGUUCAUUGAUUGUAACCUACUGUCAUCUCAGGUGGCAUGUUUGACCCAGGUAGCUGCUAAUUAUCUCAUUGGCCAAAAGGAAGCAAAACGUUGGGGCACGGCUCACGGCAGUAUCGUUCCUUACCAGGCUUUUAAAACCAAGGAUGGAUAUCUUGUGGUUGGAGCAGGAAACAAUCAGCAGUUUGCUACUGUGUGCAAGAUCUUGAAUUUGCCUGAACUAAUUGAUGACUCCAAGUAUAAAACUAACCACCUUCGUGUACAGAAUAGAAAAGAGCUUAUCAAAAUACUGUCUGCACGGUUUGAAGAAGAAAUGACCAGCAAAUGGUUAUACCUCUUCGAAGGCAGUGGGGUUGCAUAUGGCCCAAUCAACGACAUGAAGAACGUAUUUGCAGAACCCCAGGUGUUACACAAUGGCCUCAUCAUGGAGUUGAAGCAUCCAACCGUGGGGAAGAUAUCAGUGCCAGGCCCAGCUGUGAGAUACAGUAAGUUCCAGAUGUCAGAGGCCAGGCCGCCCCCCCUGCUUGGGCAGCACACCACGCACAUCCUGAAGGAGGUCCUUGGAUAUGAUGACAGGGCCAUUGGGGAGCUGCUCGGUGCUGGAGUGGUGACCCAACACGAAGCCGAAUGACCGAAAAUGCUCUUAAGACCACAAUCAGAAUAUACUUCACUAGCGAAGGCAUUCGUCUUUCUGGACCCUUUUCUCCAGUUCUGGUGCCUGCCUCUGCAAAGAAAAGUUAGAGUAAUUCCAGAUUUCCUGCCUGGCGCUCCCAGAAUGGCUCUGGUAUCAGUGCAUCUAGGGCUUUUGUACCCCACCUACUACUCCUUACUGUUCUCUCCCCCACCGCAGAUAAUAGAUUAAUUGUGGAUUUGUGGAAUUUUUUUUUUUUGGAAAGAUUUUUUUUUUCCUGGAAAAAUACAUUCCUCAUUCUAAUUACAUUAAUAGCCUAAAUGUUUGCCCCUCCAGCCCACGCAGGUCUGAAAAAGAGCAGAUCUCUUGACGUUCUCUACUUGCACAUAAAGUCUUCAUUUAAACCUUUGUUAGGAAGUCAAAGCAAUAAGCAGAAUGACAGUUUCAGUGAUUUAUUUUAAACAGAAUAACUUAAUUUUGAGCUCAUGAGUCCUUUGUUAAUCUGUAAUUUAAACCAUGGAUUUUGCUGAUGUCCAUUAGGAAAACUGAGCUUCUUUUUCCCCAUGGGGGUAAAUAUUUGCUUUAUGUUGUAUUUCCCUGAUUAUUUUAUGAUAUGUGGCAGAAAAUCAAUUUCCAUCGUUGUAUGUUGAGGUGCAUGGAUCUAUCUGCAUUAGGGGGUGAAGAGCGGUUCUUUAAUCAGCACCUUAAUUUGAGCCAAGUACAAAUGCAAUAGGUUUUUAAAUGAGUGUCAAAUGACCAUCUAGGCAUUGAAUAAUGUUUAAAUAUUAGGAGAAUGAAAGGAAACCAUUCCCUUGUAAUCUGAGCACUCACCGGAGAAGAAUAUAUCAUGCCUUAGUAUUAAGUAUUUGCAUUUAAAUAUUAAGGUAUUCAUCAGGGAACUUAAAGCCUGGAAAAUGUUUUCUGUCCAGAAGGUGGCAACUGAUUUGACUCUAUGUUCCAGGAUAAACUGUAACUCAGGCUGCCAGUCCCCCAAGCCCAGGUAUAGACCAAGGCAUCACGUGACCUCCUGAUCAAUAUCCCAACGAAGUCAUAACCAUUAGGCACACAGUUUGCAGCUGUCUCAUGACCUACCAUGUGGCAAUUGAAACUUCAGUUAGAGGUGUCUAUCUUCCAAACUGUGAUUUAGAGCUGGUUUUCCUUUAGUGUUCUUUUUUGAUGGGGAUGAUUUGAGCCAUGUGUCCAUGCUGUGAGCCCCAUAUAUUUCUAGAAUCAAGGGUUGCAAAUAAAUAGGAAAUGUGUCUUCUCACAAGGUCUCAUGGGACUUUUUAGAAGAAUGCCUACUAAUUCUUGGAAGAGCUAUUGUCCCCCCUGCUUUGCUCUUUGGGGACAUUUAAUUCUGAAGCACUCCUGCUGUGAUUCCACGAGUUAGACUUUCAUCCCACAAGGGUAAAGCCUGCUGCAGUGCUUUCCCCCCAAUGGCUAGAUACACAUUUGGAGACAUUUGCUUCAGGUCAGGCAUCUAAAUGAAAUUCCUCCAUGUCUAUACAAUCAGGGAUGAAAAUGGCAAAAGGCGAGAUGACAGAGUAUUGGCAAAGUCACAUGAUCUUGAAAACCAGAUUCAUCAUUCUUCCUACAAGUCCAAGUAGAUAUCUUUAAAUGCAGAUUACUUGAUUAGUGAGCAAUCACCCUAAAUAUCUGGGUAGCCUUGUGUGGGAGGAUACUGAUCAUUCACGGUCACAAAGUGACUUUAAAACCUUG